ACUACUAUUCCAAUAUUUCCAUGCUUGUAAUACUUUCUCCAUUUUAUAUAAAACCCUUUUUUUCUCUCUCCUCUCUCCGAAUCUAAUCGAUCAAUUUUCCGAUGAUAUUCUACUACUUCUAACACCGCGUAAUCUCCACUUCUUCUUCUUCUUUGUUUUCUCUCUCCUGAAUUUUUCCCCAAUUUUUUUUCCGCCAUUUUUCUUGAUUUUAAGGUUCAUUUGGUGAUUCUUUUACCGCUUUUCUCGCCGCGUUUUCUUCUCUCAGGCGGUGAGGAUGUCGACACCGGCAAGAAAGAGACUGAUGAGGGAUUUCAAGCGCCUGCAACAAGACCCACCAGCUGGAAUUAGUGGUGCUCCUCAAGACAAUAACAUCAUGCUCUGGAAUGCUGUUAUAUUUGGUCCUGAUGACACCCCUUGGGAUGGAGGCACGUUCAAAUUGACGCUUCAGUUCUCCGAGGAUUACCCGAAUAAGCCCCCGACAGUGCGCUUUGUCUCUCGGAUGUUCCAUCCUAACAUUUAUGCGGAUGGAAGCAUCUGUCUCGAUAUCCUACAAAACCAGUGGAGCCCUAUCUAUGAUGUUGCUGCUAUCCUGACCUCAAUUCAGUCUUUGCUAUGUGACCCAAAUCCAAACUCUCCUGCAAAUUCAGAAGCUGCACGGAUGUUCAGUGAGAACAAGCGUGAAUAUAAUAGGAGAGUGCGCGAGAUUGUUGAGCAGAGUUGGACUGCUGACUAAUCCUGUCCUUGGAAUGUACAUGUGAAGAUAGUGUCUAAUGUCCCUUCUGAAAUAACAACACGAGACUAGAAAAAUGGGGGGAAAGGGACAGAAAAAAAACGAAACAAUUUGCCCUGCAACUGUUUGAAUAUGUUAUAAUAUCUCAAGUACUCGCUUGUUCAGAAAGGGAUAUUAGAUCCUUGUGUCAGUGUUGAACUUAACAUUGCAAGUUAUGUAAGUCGUGUUAUAAAUUGUGUUUGAUUGCUCCCUUAGAGAUUUCAA